GCUAACGAGGCAAAAGAAAAAAAUGAGCUGGUGCGCUCGAGCUAGGGCGCCGGGCGGGCGCGCUCUCCUUUUGUCCUCGAGAUUUCGCCGCUUCUACGCCUCUGCGACAGCGCAGCCAUCUGAAACAAUCGAUGAUUUAUCGCCGCAGCCUUCAGCUAGACCACCAUCAGACGAUCUCUUGUCGGCUGAGGCACUCACUCCCGCGAAAGUCGUAGCUUUGUUGGAUCGUCACAUCGUCGGCCAAACCGGAGCCAAGCGUGCGGUUGCAGUGGCAUUGCGAAAUCGAUGGCGGCGACACCGCAUUCCUUCUCAAUAUCGAGAGGAGAUUCUUCCCAAAAAUAUACUUAUGAUCGGACCAACUGGUUGCGGAAAAACGGAAAUUGCGAGACGGUUGGCUAAAAUGGCGGAUGCUCCGUUUAUAAAAGUGGAAGCUACGAAAUUUACAGAAGUUGGAUUUCAUGGCCGAGAUGUGGACCAGAUCAUUCGCGACCUUGUUGAGAAUGCUAUAUUACUGCAACGAGAAAAGGUGCGAACAAGAAUUUCAAAAGAGGUGGAGGAAGCUGUUGAGAACAGGAUCCUGGACGCGUUGAUCGGUUUGACCCUCGCUAUUGAGCAGGAGGACAAUGUGGAUACGAGUUCACUGGAGACACUACGCAAGGCUUAUAAGAAAGGGGAAAUUGAUAACCGCAAGCUAGUGCUGGACGUUCCCGAGGGAGGAAGAGUGCGCGUCCCUAUUGAAGUCACAGGAGGUGGUCUUCCUAUAAACGAUCUUAUUUUCAAGAUAGAGAAAGCUUUGAAAUCCCCGAAAGUUGAACGCCGUGAAGUAACUGUCGCCGAGGCCAGACAAAUGCUCUCGGAAAUGGAAGUCGAAAAACACCUUCAGUCCGAUCAGAUCAUCAAAGAUGCAAUACGUGCAACGGAGUCUGACGGCAUUGUAUUUAUAGACGAGAUCGACAAAAUCGUUACAACUAGCGAAGCCAGAUUUGGAGCGGAUGCAAGUGCGGAAGGUGUACAGCGGGACUUGCUUCCUAUUAUCGAAGGCAGCGUUGUAAACACGAGACACGGGAAUGUGAACACCGAUCACAUUCUUUUCAUUUGCAGUGGCGCCUUUCACUCUUGUAAGCCAAGUGACAUGCUUGCUGAGCUACAAGGACGUCUGCCUAUCCGUGUUGAACUGAAAGGUCUCACUCGCACGGAUUUGUACCGUAUUCUAACCGAGCCUGAAAUAAAUAUGAUCAAGCAGCAACAGCUUCUCAUGGCUACCGAAAGUGUGGAGCUUGUUUUCUCCGACGACGCCAUAAAGGAACUAGCCAAUGUUGCGGCUGAGGUGAAUACUUCUUUGGACAACAUUGGUGCUCGGAGACUUCACACGGUAAUUGAGAAGGUAGUAGAAGAUAUCAGUUUCAAUGCUCCAGAAAGAGCUGGGCAAGCUUAUCACAUUGACAAGCAAAAAGUAAGAGAUGCUGUGGGAGAGCUCUUGAAGAAAACCGACUUAUCAAAGUUUGUUCUCUAAAGAGAUUAAACUCGCCCAGGUAACUGGCCACAGCCUCAACAGGGCCCGGGCACAAGAAGCUCAAGGAUCGCGCCAUCCCUCACUUAUGUUUUGGUUGAAACCCAUCUUCAGCGGAAAGCCACUUGGCAUCUCAGCAUCCCAAAGGGGACAUGACGAAUCACCUUGGUGGCGGCGGUAUUGAAACCAUGCUGAGGCGCAAAAAUGUAGAAUCCCGGUUGAUCAACGCAAAAACCUUUACACAAAACAAAAAGAAGAGAAAAGAAAAGAAAAGGAGGAGUUGAUCCUGAAACCAUCGUCUGGAAGACUUUCUUCGAUUUGGAUUUGGAUUUGGAUAUUUGCACGGAGAUCUCACUGAAGAAAGUUUUGUCCAGCAACCAGAGGGUUACCAGAAGCAGCCUGGAAUGGUUUGUCCCCUGAAGGCUCAAACAAUCUCCUAAGGCUUGGUUCAACAAAAUGGACAAAUUUCUCACCUCUAUUGGAUUUUCCAGAAACGCUGCUGAUCAAAAUGUAUACCAGUAUUGAAAAGAUGAUGGUCCUUAUUUCUUU